AUGGACACCUCGAAACACCUCGACCCAUCAGACCUCUUCUCAGCCAAGGGCCUCACCGUGGUCAUCACAGGAGGUGGAAGCGGCAUCGGCCUCGCUUUCGCGACAAGUCUGGCUCGCUCCGGAGCUGAAAAGGUGUACCUACUGGGACGCAGAGUUAAGAAUCUCGAGGAUGCUGCCAACUCAAUCGACCCCAACAUUGUCAAGCCAGUCCAAUGCGAUGUUAGCGACCCAUCAUCCGUCGACGCUGCUGUCAAGCAGAUUGAGAAAGAAUCAUCCCACAUCGAUGUCCUGAUCAACAAUGCUGGAGUGACCGGCCCGAUGCAGACGGAUGUUCACAAAGCUCAGAGUGUCCAAGAAUUGCAAGAGAUCUUGAAGAGAGACUGGUCAGGCUGGGAUACAGCAUUCCAAACAAACACAUCUGCCAUUGUUGCCGUCAGCGCUGCUUUCUUGCAUCUGCUUGACGCCGGCAACAAGAAGCGAGGUUGGGCCACAGGGAGAAGAGAAGUGCAAGAGAGGGCUGAGGGCGCGGAAUAUGAUGCAAGCGACCCGAGAACAAGUCAGAUUAUUACUGUUGCCAGUAUUGCCUCUUUUAACCGCUACCUCACUGCUGGUCUGGCAUACUCUGCAACGAAAGCUGGUGCUGCUAUGCUGGGCAAGGCGUUGGCUACUCUGCUUGCACCAUUUGGCAUCAGAAGUAAUGUCAUUGCUCCUGGACGAUUCCCUUCUGACAUGACCGCUGGAGACAAGACUUCAUUUCCCGUCAGUCAGAUUCCUGCAAGCAGAUCUGGUUCGUAUGAGGACAUGGCUAGUAUGAUCUUGUUCCUCGUCGGCAAGUCCGGAGCCUACCACAACGGCAAUGUACAAGUUAUCGACGGUGGUCGCCUGAGCAUGAUGCCCGCGACAUACUAA